AUGCGCUCAUUGGGAGCUCUGAGCGUGGCGCUGCACGCAUCUCUGCUGGUGCUGCUGGCUCAGGGGAUUCAUAAAGCCAGAGAUGGAGUUUAUAUGAGGUCGCUGCAUCGUUAUUCUCUGAUGGACCGAUCAACCGGGUAUCACCUGCCUACCUAUAUGGUGCAUCUCUACAGGAAUUUCAAGUCAAACUUUUCCAGACCUACGGAUAUUAUGGAGCAAGAUGCCGCAAAGCAAGCAGACACCGUGAAGAGUGUGAUGGCUAAAGGUUUGGUGUACAGACAUAGGCGCUGGGUGGCGACCUUUGACCUUCACGCCUUGCUGGCUGACAAACAGAUCCAGGCUGCAGAGCUGAGAAUCAAGCUUCCUCGGACAUCAAGUGCUUCCAACAUCUCUGUGGAGGUCUAUCACCAGCACGGCCAGACGUGCCAUACGCACAAAAGCUGCCAAGAACAGCAGCUGGUGGGUCUGCUCACUGAAUCAUCACUGGUCACUUCAUCACAGAGCUGGAAAGUGUUCAACAUGACAAGUCCUCUCUUGAGCUGGCUCAGACAGAGAUCGACAGCAAGAAUCCGACACAAGCGAGUGUCAAGAAGAAGGAAAGCGGUGAAGACAAAGAGAGGCCUGUCGCUUCCUGAUCAGCCUAUCCAUGUGGCGAGCUCCAGAAGAGAGCAGGAUGUGAGUGACCGGGCCUUGUUGGUUGUCUUCUCGCACACUGGCUCUGAUGAAAACUCAAAAGCCAAAGCAAGCUUACUCCAAACAGCUGAACAAUCCAAGUUCUUGUCCCCCGCUGAAAUCAAAAAGAACCACCGGCCAAAGAGACGCAGGAGCAAACGGGGUCAGAGAGAGCAAACAGCGAGAAGCCCACACAUGUCCAGAAGAGGGAGUGAAAAACCUCUUUGUCGCAGAGUCGACAUGCAUGUAGACUUUAAUCAAAUUGGCUGGGGGUCCUGGAUCAUCUUUCCUAAAAGAUAUAAUGCCUACCGCUGUGAAGGUUCCUGCCCCGGUCCUCUGGGAGAAGAUCUAAAUCCAACAAAUCAUGCAUAUAUGCAGAGUUUAUUGAAACAUUACUAUCCUGACAGAGUGGCAUCGCCCUGCUGUACCCCCACCAAAAUGAGUCCAUUAAGCAUGUUGUACUAUGAGAAUGGAGAAAUGCUCCUUCAACAUCACGAAGACAUGAUUGUGGAUGAGUGUGGCUGCCAGUGA